GGGGAGUGGCUGCAGAGACCCAGCCCUGGCCCGCUGCGUCACAUCUGGAAACUAAUGAAUGAAACUUCCUCUUCCCACCCCCUGCUCGGUCUGCCCUGCCCCAAGAAUCCCGAGACUCGGCCGGGGAUCGCCACUUCACAGACGCCUGGAGUCAGUCCCCGUGCGUGCGUGCGCCCUGCAGGACCCCAGCAUGGCCCGAGUCCCGGCCCCGCUCUGGCCGCCGCUGCUGCUGGCGCUGACGUUGAUGGGCGCGCCCACCGAGGCAGGGAUCGAGAAGGUGGCGGUGGAGGCGCCCUCUCAAGUGCACGGUUUCGUGGGUGACAACGUGACGCUGCCCUGUAAGCUGCUAUCUCCCGAGUCCAAACCCCCGAAAGUGACGCAGAUAACGUGGAUGCGGCGGGAAGCGUCGGGGGAGCUCAGCAGGGUGGCCGUCUUCCACCCAGUGCAGGGCUCCCACAUCCCGGAGUCCGACCGCGUGGAGUUCCUGGCGGCCCAGCAGGGAACGGAUCUGCUGAAUGCCUCGAUAACGGUGCGCGGACUGCGCGCCCAGGACGAAGCCAACUACACCUGCGAGAUCGCCACGUUCCCGCGGGGCAGUGGGAGCAAGCGCAUCUGGCUCCGUGUGUUCUCACGGCCCCAGAACGAGGCUAAGUCCCUGGCGGUCCAGCAGAGUUCAGAGCCGGUGCCCGUGGCGCGCUGCAUCUCCUCCGGUGGCCGUCCGACGCCGCGCAUCUCUUGGGUCCCAGACCUGGGAGGGAAGAUCAACGAGAGCCAGGAGCACCUGUCUGGCACAAUCACCGUCACCAGCGACUUAAUCUUAACCCCUUCAAGCCAGGAGGACAACAAAAGGGUCACCUGCCAGGUGGAGCACGAGACGCUGGACACACCCGACGAGCUGCAUGUGACCCUCAGCGUACAAUACGCCCCCCAGGUCUCCAUCUCUCGCCAUGACACCGGGCAGCAGGGCCACAGGGAGACCAGCCUGACCUGUGACGCCCACAGUAACCCAGAGCCCAAGAGUUAUGACUGGAGCACGACCACGGGCCCCCUGCCCCCCUCUGCUGUACCCCAGGGCUCCCGGCUCCUGAUCCAGCCCACUGAGGAGUCCAUCAACACCACCUUCAUCUGCCACGUCUCCAAUGACCUGGGGACGGGCCAGGCAGACCUGAGAGUCCAGCUCCCAGGAAUCAGGGAGCAGUCACGCUCACUCUCCGCUCUCUGGAUCAUCCUGCCUAUUGCGAUUGUGAUGUUGGUGGUUCCGCUGGGGGUCCUGGUUUAUUUCCGGUGUCGGAGACAGUCCCGUCAGGACCCCCACAGAAGUUCCGCUAAUGGGGCUGUCUCCUACACAGCUGUGGAAAGAGAAGCCAGCGCUCCCCAGGACCUGCCGACAGAGGGCGCCAGAGGACAGACAGACCGACCUGGAGACAUGAGACAUGGGCUGGGAUGAUGCCAAAGCUUAACCCCAGGCCAGCUCCCACGCCCCCUGCUCCAGCUAACCCUUAGGAUUCCCCUCUGCAUUCUAACACAGUGGCCGGUGUGAGCUUGGGUUCCCAGCACCGCCCUCAGGCUCUGUCAUGGCUGGAAGGACUCAUGGAACUCAGGAGAGCUGGGCGGUCCUCACCGGACCGGGUGGGAUUCCGGUCUGCAAAGGUAAACACACAGCCACGUCCUGGGGACCACGUGAGGCUCUGCCGAAUCCCACCCACCUCUUUCUCUCAGGACCCUGCGUUUGGAGCCCGCCAGGUUGCUCAACUCUCCUUCACAUUCAGAGUUUCUCUGGGGUCACAGUGGACACAGGGGUCACCCGUGGGGUUGACGUGGGAUCCAGCCCCAGCAAGGAUCCAGCUGGUACACGUCACCAGACACCCCAUAAACACACAGUUGUCAUAGACUCUAGUGGGACCCCAAGCAUCCGACCCUGCCCUCACCCAAAAACUCUGCUCUCAGUUGGGACAGCCCAGGGCUCAGGAGCAAAACCCAGAGCCAGCAACAAACUCAGAAUCAGUCCUUCCUGAGUGUGGAUUCCAGAACAAUCCACUAGGCCCAGAAUCUCCAUAAGGAUCUGACAUCUGGGGCUUGAGGACUGGCUGUCUGACCUCAAUCCCCUGCUUUGAAGCAUGAGGUCAUGAGUUUGAUCCCUGGUGCCCCCAUGUGUGCUGAACAUGGAUCUAGUGACUCUGCUGACUCAGAAACCGGCCCCAUGAUGCAACUGAGUGUGAUUGCUGAGCACAGCCAGGUGUGUGCAAGCACCACAGCUAAAGAGUGGGUACCCUGGUGAGCCAUGCAAGUGAAGACUGUGAGCACUAGAGUGUCCAGCAGCAGAUGAGCCCUGUGAGCACCACAGCAACCCGAGUGAGAAUCAUGACCAGCACGUGUGGCACCCCCCAGCCCAGGGACCACCUGGCUGAGUACAGAAGCAAAUCCAGCACGUGUGGGAGAUGCAGUCAUUGCAACAGAGACAGAGGGAAGGGGAUGAUGUUUAUUCAUUUAUUUCAUAUAUUUAUUCACUCCUUUGGAAUCACAUUCAGUGGUGCUCAGAGACCAUGUGGUGCCUGUGUUAGUCCCGAGGCUUAACGAAUGUGAACC